AUGGCGGCAGCAGCAGCUUCACUUAAGCUAAAUCUUCCCUCCACUCCCGGCGGUACCAAUUCCCGGCCUAUUUUCCGUUCCAAAUUCCGGGUUGUUCGAUGCUCUACUUCUACUGACCGCCAGGAGCUUUUCAACCGAAUCGCUCCAGUCUAUGAUAACUUGAAUGACUUGUUUAGCUUGGGCCGUCACCGGGAAUGGAAAAAUACGGCUGUUUCUUGGAGCAGAGCAAAAGUGGGAGAUAAUGUAUUGGAUAUUUGUUGUGGAAGUGGGGAUUUGGCUUUUCUAUUGUCAGAGAAAGUUGGACCUAAUGGCAAGGUUGUUGGCCUUGAUUUCUCAAAGGAACAAUUAUCAAUUGCAGCAGCACGACAACAGUCAAACUCAAAGAAGUGCCACAAAAUUAUAAAGUGGGUUGAGGGUGAUGCACUUGAUCUGCCAUUUCCUGAAUCUUACUUUGACGCCAUUACUAUUGGCUACGGACUACGAAAUGUGGUCGAUAGGCAAAAAUCUUUAAAAGAGGCAUAUCGAGUUCUAAAACCAGGGUCCAGGAUAUCUGUCCUUGAUUUCAAUAAAAGUGAUAAUCCACUCAUGACGUCCUUUCAGGAAUGGACGCUUGACAAUGUUGUUGUUCCAAUUGCAAGUAGUCAAGGCGUUGCCGAGGAGUACAGAUACCUGAAAGAGUCCAUUCGGGGAUAUUUAACGGGUAAGGAGUUGGAGUAUCUUGCUCUAGAAGCAGGCUUCUCAACGGCAAAGCAUUUCGUGCUGGAUCUGGGACUGAUGGGGCACUUGGUAGCUACGAAAUAAACGUCCAUCAGUUGACGCUCCUCUCUUUUCCAUGUAGUGUAUGUAUAUCUUCCACCAGGGAGAUGUAUCCUCCUUUCUCGUAUGAUUGUAUCUAUAAUUCUUCUUUCACUGUUGCUUGCUAAUUUUUUGCUUAAUCAAUAUAAAUUUGCUGAAUUUUACAAAUUGAAGAAACGGCAUUAAACAUUGAAAGAAAUAAUAAAAGCCUAAAUAUGGAGCUUUGCAACUCAGAAAUCAGAAUUCAAGGAUAUUGUCCAGAUUAACUGCAGCCCAUUUGAUGAGACUAUAAAUAUAUACAAACAAACAACCAUUUGCAAAAACCAACUGCAGCAACAAAAUUUUGAAGCAAAACACUUUUCAACACUCUGGUAUGAGGACUUCUUCCUGGCAAAUAAUCAACCCUUCACAGCAGUUUGACAGAAGAUAUGAUUUCGUUUUGAAUCAAUCUUCCUUCCUGCUUGAAGGCAGAAUCAAUGUCCUAGCCAAUUGGGCUCUUGUCGUUUAAGCCCUGAGACGUGUUCAUUGAGUUGAAUUUACAGCAAUUCAUGAAAUGUCACCUUGGCUGAAACGAACUGAAGGUCAUGCUGGCGUUGGAGUCAGCAUCGCCAUCUCUGAGAUGGUGACGUGGGUUCUCCAUUGUGUCAUUGAAUUCCAUUGUAGUUUCAUCUACGAAGGGCGGGUUUGUGGGUGCUGGAAGUGGUUCUUCCUUUUUGGCCAGCAUCCGCAAUGCUGUAGACAUGGAUGGUCGUAACGAGGGAGCUUCUUGAGUACACAAUAGUCCUAUAUGAAUGACCCUGUGUACUUCAGAUUUAAAGGUGGAAUUGUAAUAGUUUUGCAACAUCAGAUUAGGAUCAAACAAUUCCUCUGCUGUUCCUUGUAGGAAAUGCUUCCAGGCCUGUUACAAUUUCACCAGCAAGAAAUUGUAAAUCCAAAUUUCAAAACUCGGAGAAUAGAUUGUCCAAUGGGAAAAUUCACAGAAAAACAUGAAUUGAAACUUACUAGGGUAACAAGGCUGUCAGAGUAUUCUGUAGUUUUACUUCUGUUAUUCUGCCUUCCUGUAACUAUCUCCAGUAACAGCACACCGAAGCUGUAAACAUCGGCCUUCUCAGUCAGCUGGCCAUGAGCUAGGUAUUCUGGAGCCAUGUAUCCUCUGUUUAAACAAAAUGGAAAGAUUCAAUAGAAGCCCUUUAUCAUGAACUUCAUCAAAGUUGUGUUUGGAAUUAUGGGUUAAAAGAAGUAAAAUCUGUACUACUCGGCGCUUACAAUGUUCCAGCGAUGGCAGUACUUAUGUGACUCUGGUCAUCUUGGAAUGACCUUGCCAACCCGAAAUCAGCGAUUUUGGCACGAAGCCUUGAAUCCAGCAGAAUGUUACUUGCCUUGAUAUCUCUGUGAAUGAUCCGACACUUGUUGUUUUCGUGGAGGUAAACCAAACCUUCAGCUGUGCCUAUGACUAUCUCAAAUCUCUUCUCCCAGUUGAGCGCUUUUCCUUUAUUUGCAUC